AAUAUACCAAAUUGAUUGGCUUUGGAUUUCGUUAUACAACCAAAGAUUAUAAAGUUUUAAGCAUCAUUAGGAGCGAAACUGAGAUUAAGGCUGAGCUCUACUCGCUUAAUUCGAAUUGUUGGAAGAAUAUCACUAGCCUUCCUCCAAAAUUUUAUAUAACGAAUAAGAUGGUGAAUCCUGCAGUUUAUUUUAAAGGUGCAUUGCAUUGGAUUAUAGCUAGUGGAAAAAAAGAUGCUUUUGGUACGAGUUUAUCAAUAAUGCUGUUUGAUAUGAAAGAUGAGCUUUUUCGUGAGAUGAUGUUACCUGAACGUGUUUCUGAUGCUUGUCCAUUAUUUACUUCAAUAAAGCCAUUUUUGGAGUCAUCAAUUGCGAUUAUUUAUAAAGAUUUGGGUAGUCAGUCUCAUUUUCAUAUAUGGGUGAUGAAAGAGUAUGGUGUAACAGAGACAUGGAUGAAGCUAGCAACUGUUAAAGGAAGCUGCCGACAAAAACUAACAGUUUUGGGGUUCAGAAAUUAUAGAGAGCUGUUCAUUGGUACUGCUAAUCAAAUAGCUUCAUACGAACUGGAGAGUCAACGAGAGAUUGACAAGAUUAUUCCAACCUCUAAUCCUUGGAAAGCUAGAAUGUUUGCUGAUUCUAUUUACAAUUACGUUGAGAGCCUGGCAUUGCUCGACAAAGAGAAUGAUACAGUGGUUGCUGCUCGUAUGAUUCGCUACUGACCAAGAGAAGUAGUCCAAGAAAAGCAAAAGCGAACUAAAUUUGUUUAUAAUUUGUUUUUUUUUUUUUAGAACAACAUAUGCCUGUGAUUGUUAAAGUUCUUGGCCACAAAAGGAAAAUAUGGGGACAAACUGUUCUCUCCAAGAUAUUUUCCUGUUUCUGGAUCAGCAGACAACUUCUUCAUAUGAAAAACAAUUAAGCAAGUGUGCUAUCAGUGUUACUUAAAUCGGUGGUUUGCCCUC